UUCGCAAUUGGGUCACCGCCGCUCUACAUAUAUUACAUUCUUCUUCGUCUUUCUUCUCAUUCUACUUUCUAUACACAAAUUUUCGUUCUUCAUCAACCAUGUUGUUAUCGCCGGGACACUCCCCGCGCCACCUAUCAACGCCGUCUCCUUCGCCGUCGUUGGCCGAGCAAAACCCUAAUUCAACCCUCCACAACAGUAAUUCUUCUACAGUACCAACCAAUAAACGCCGGUCGAAAGUACUCGAUGAGGAUACAUAUGUGGCCGCUAUAGAGAAAAUAAUCGAGCGUGAUUUCUUCCCAGAUAUCCCCAAGCUUCGCGAUCGUCUUGAUUGGCUUGAAGCGAUUCGCACAGGCGAUCCGGUUCAAAUUCGUGAUGCUCAGUUGAAAAUUAUCGAACGAAGGGGAGGUAGAGCUGUUGGAUCGAGCACUGAAGGUAAAUUACGAACCCCUGGUUCGACUUUCUUUCGAAAUUCGACUACUCCGUUUGAUGAUCCUUAUAAAACUCCCACUCCGAGUGUAGUUAAUGGUAAUAAUUGGUCUAGUGUUGGGAAUAAUGCUGAGGGAGGUGGUGGUGAGGUGGAUGGGUCUUUGAGUUUAGAUGAGUUUUUUAGGAGGUAUACGAGUGAGGAUAAUGAGAGUUUUUCAAAGCUUAUUGAGAAAGUGAACAGGAAAAGGAAGGAGAAAUAUGGGUAUUUGUUGGAAGGUGAGAAGGAUGAGGAGAUGAAGUUGAUUGAGGAUUCUAAGAGGGCGAAGGUAGUUACUGAUGGAUAUGGGACAUCAGAUCAGCCAGUGGCUACAUUGGAAGGGUGGAAAUACGCUGCUAAGAAUUUGCUGAUGUAUCAUCCGGCGGAUAAUGGGGAGGUAGCCUUGACUGAAGAAGAAAGAGCAGAGAGGCUUAAGGGAUUGACGAAAGAAGUUAGUAAGGUGAAUACAAGGUUUCAUGGUAAGAUGAUGGAAUCACAGCCGAAAGAGGAUGAGACAGUGGCUGUGCUUUAUACACCUGUUCCUGGGGCAACUCCGGUUCCUUUUCUUGAUAGAGGUGAUAAGACAAAGAAGUAUGAUUUGGAUGACCUGCGGAAGACCCCGAAUCAGUUCUUUGUUGAGUCAGGAAAGAAGGCUGAGAAUGGAUAUAGUUUUGUUAGUACUCCUUCACCCGCGCCUGGUGUGGAUGGAUCACCGUUUAUAACGUGGGGAGAAAUUGAAGGAACACCUUUGCGGCUGGAGCAGGAGGACACACCCAUUGAUAUUGGUGGAAAUGGUGAAGGCCCUCAGUAUAAGAUCCCAAUGCCACCCUCCAGAGAUACAAAGGCUCAUUCUUUAUCUCGUGAAGCUGCUCGUAAGUUGAGGGAGAGGUCAAAGAUGUUUCAGAAACCACCAUUACCUUCACCAGUUAGAGGAGGGAGUGCUAGUCCAGCUGCACGUACUCUUUCACCUGCUGCACAGAAGUUUAUGCGAAAGGCAAUUGCCAAGUCGUCUCACUCUUUAGAUGAAUCUCUCCGAGCAAGUUACCGUGGUGCAAGUCCUGGACUGAGUACUCCUAAAAUUGGCAGGAGUUUGUCAAGGUUAGGAAGAGAAGGUAGUCUAGAUUCCAGGUCACCAUCUGUAAGAGAAGGAUCUAAUCCUCCUUGGUAAUUGUCUUAUAGCAUUGUAUUGGUAAUUACCAGUUCCUUAUCAAAAAAAUAUAUUGGUAAUAACAUGUUAACCGUACUCAA